AAAUAAUCCCAGUCAAUUCUAGCGCAUGUUCGAGUUUGGUUUUCCGUCGGUAGUUAUUUUAUAAUUUGCAAAGUAAAUCUACAAAGCAAAUCGUUAGUUGCCAAAAAACAGAGGAAAACGAUUAUCCCACGCGUUAUCAACGGUUUUGUCGGUGCGUUUUAUCGUUGGAUUGCGAUCAGCCAACCAAUGAGCAGACUGUUCAAAGCGUUGAGUCGCAAAAAGCCCAACGACGACGAUGGGAGCCAUUCAAAGCUGGCCCGGGUCCUCACGCUGCUAGACCUCACGGGCCUCGGCGUGGGAAGUACUCUGGGAUUGGGGGCGUACGUACUGGCCGGCUCGGUAGCCUAUGAACAGGCAGGUCCAGGUGUGGUGAUAUCCUUCGUCAUAGCUGCGCUUGCCGCAGCGAUCGCUGGAUUGUGCUAUGCAGAAUUCGCUGCUCGUGUUCCAAAAGCGGGAUCCGCCUACACCUACACGUACAUUACGAUUGGUGAGUUUGCUGCGUUCACCAUUGGGUGGAAUUUGAUGCUGGAGUACAUUAUAGGUACAGCCAGUGUGGCACGUGGACUAAGCGGUUAUAUCGACGCUCUCAUCGAUCACCGGAUGGCGAAUACGUUACGCAGCAUGAUGCAGAUACGAGUGGGUUUCCUGUCAACAUAUCCGGAUAUCCUGUCAUUUCUUUUUGUACUGGCAAUCACUGCCUUGUUGGCUUACGGGGUCAAAGAGUCUACAGUAUUGAAUAAUAUCUUCACCGGAGUCAAUCUGAUGGUGAUAGCCGUAGUUUUGGUCUCUGUUGGAUUCAAAGCAGAUCCCGCUAAUUGGAGAAUCGCCGCCGAGCAGAUUCCUGCGGAAAUUGACGCAGGCGUCGGGGGCUUUUUGCCAUACGGAAUAGCUGGCGUGAUGGCGGGAGCUGCCAAAUGUUUCUAUGGUUAUGUAGGAUUUGAUUGUAUUGCCACAACUGGUGAGGAAGCUCGGAACCCAGCUAGGAACAUCCCACUAGCCAUCAUUUUUUCAUUGGGGAUCAUAUUCUUAUCGUAUUUUGGAGUAGCCACGGUGCUGACAAUGGCUCUGCCGUAUUAUCUACAGGACCCAGUUGCUCCGUUCCCGAACCUGUUCGACUGGCUAGGAUGGCAGGAAAUAAAAUGGAUUGUUUCUAUAGGAGCAAUUUUUUCACUGUGUACAAACUCACUGGGAGCUAUGUUUCCGUUGCCUCGUAUUCUCUACGCAAUGUCCUCUGAUGGAUUAUUAUUUAAAAAGCUGAAAAAUGUCAACCCCACGACGAGAACACCAAUACUGGCCACAGUGAUCUCGGGCGUCGUCUCCGGUACAAUGGCUCUGCUGUUUGAUCUGCAUCAGCUGAUCGAUAUGAUGUCCAUCGGAACACUAUUAGCUUACACCAUUGUUGCAGUUAGUGUUCUGGUUUUGAGGUAUAGCGAAGAUACUAACUUUCGAGUUGAAUCUACAAUUCAGGACAAAUCCUUGAUCAUGAAACAGCUCUUCAAUUUGAACAUUGCAAAGAUCCCUACUGUACUAUCCUCGAAGAUCGUCAAAAUAAGCCUCGUGUUAUACAUUCUAGUGAUUUGUGCGGUGUGUACAAUGCUGGUCCACGGCCAGCAUUACCUGUCCGCGCAAUUUCCACUGCACUUGACAAUUCUGACUGUCGUUGUCAUGUCAAUGCUAAUUCUGAUCCUAGUGAUUGCAUCGCAACCGAUGGAGGACUCAAAUAUAACCUUCAAGGUUCCACUUGUACCUUUCGUCCCGAUGCUCAGCAUGUUUGUCAACGUGUAUCUCAUGUUCCAGCUGGACGCAACCACAUGGGUUGGAUUUUGUAUAUGGCUCAUGCUAGGAUUUAUCAUCUAUUUCACCUACGGUAUCCGACACUCGGUGCUGGGCUCGGGAAGUCAAACUCUGUCCGAAAGUCAGCUGGAUAAUCCCUUCCCAGUGAUUGGAGUUGAGAAAUCGUAGCGUCAAGAGUCAAUAGUGUGGCUACAAUCAACAAGUCGUUAACAAGCAAUCGCUAGUUAACAUUCAUUCCGAGUUUAAGUUAGUGACACUGUUGAAGUAAAAUAAACCGAUGCUAUUCAGCACUGUGA